AUGAUAAAUCUGUCACCGUCGGGUUAUCGCAACGUUGACGAAGAACGGCGGACCGUAAGUAGCAAGAAGGUGUACUCAAGGAGGCCUUGGUACGCCUUACCGAUUGAUCCUAUUGAGGUUAUAAAGGACGGCUACAGUGAAGGUUACGAUAACGAAGAAAACGAUCCCUCAAAUGAGGAGGACUAUUACGAUCGUAGGCCGGAGUAUGAAGAUCCAAUAACGUCACAGCACGUCGAAGUAUUGCGCCAACUAGAGGCAGAAGCGUCUUCCCCGAAAUACGAGCAGGCUGCUACAUCAAGCUCAGUCGCUGAAUUUUCUAUCGCAAAUGUUAUUAAUUUGAGGGAGGCAGCACUGGUGGCCCUUGGUGGAGCAAGUGCAGCAUUGGUCCUACUAAUCGUAAUGGCUGGAGUGUUCGUGGCUCGUCGUCGUAAAAAUAGCCCGUCUCCCGUGCCCUCGCCACCGAUUCUGGUCUACCCUCCGCACGACGUCACAGCGCCUUGUUAUACGACUAAAGAGGUAAAUUUUUCUCUGCCUUCGCUGCGGUCGUCAUCUCUGGGGGAGUUGCGUGACGUCAGCGUGGGGAGCCAACCCGGGGAAAUAUUAUGCCCACCCACGCCCACGCAGUUUCGAUCCAAUUCUUUCACUAACACAACGGAACUGGGAGUUUUGGAUCCAUCGCUGUACAAAACUGAUUGUUUGGAUGUUGAUCAUCUGUGGCCCGAAGGACACGUAGGGCGAGUGUGGUUCACACUCAAAUAUGAAUCGGCAACCGAACGGCUUCAGAUCCAUAUAAUAAAGGCAAAACAUUUACCAUCUCGUACACCGGCUCUUGCGAAUGCAUGUGAUCCCUUCAUAAAGAUUCAACUAAUGCCUGAUGAAAGAAGGGUGCUCCAGACUAAACAGAAGAAAAAGUCAUGCAAUCCAUUCUUUGAUGAAACUUUUGUUUAUCAAAUACCACCGGGAAAGUUGGAUACGCUGACUUUGAAAUUGUCCGUGUUGGACGCAGGAAGGAUUGGAAAAUUCAAACAACUUAUUGGGCACAUAAUACUACCCCUUAGUGAACUGGAAGGUGUCGCAUCGGAUGAGGAGCCACAAUUAUAUAAGUUGGAUAUCGAAAAAGAUAUUCAAGAGCCACCAUCAGACUUGGGAGAGGUUUUAGUAUCCUUGACUUACAAUGAAAAUCUCAACCGGCUUUCGGUUACUGUCAUAGAAGCUCGGGGGCUUAAGCUGGAUCCAUCAUCGAGCAAACGUGAACUUGUAACUCGGGUUACCCAAGAGCGAGCUUGCAGAGGGGCCCGCGCUAGAAGAACAACAGCCGUUGAAGUAACGGAAGAUGGCGCCGCCCUCGUAUCGGAAUGCUUCCAUUUUAGGCUGCGACCAGACGAGCUGCAUACGACUUGUGUGACUGUGCAGGCUCUGCAGCCCCACUCCGUUUAUGCCAAAGAUCGUUUACUAGGAAGUUCGUAU